AUGCCAGGCAACGCCGCCAUCAUUCGCGCUUAUACCUGGAAGAAACGUAAAACGAGCACGGACAUCCUCAUAACUGGUCAAGCGGGAGUCGACUUGGUCGCCAGCACAUCCAUACCUGUAUGCAUUUUUCUGCUGAGACUUCUAGAGUUCAAUGCCGAUCUCAUGUGUCGGAUAGUAGCUCUCGGUUUGUUCUUGGGAGAAGUUUACGCUCUUGCUUCGAUCUUGCUAACUUUGGCAAUCAGUGUCGACCGCUACUUGGCUGUCUGUCGUCCAUUACGUCGUCGGAUCACGGCACGAGCGUCGGGUUUCAUGGUAGCGGUAUGUAUUCUAGUAGCCAUCGUCACGAACAUCCCAUUCGUCACCUUCAGUGUAGUCCCAGACAUAAGUUCUGACGGAAGCAUCAAGUGCGAAUCAUCGGCACCGAAUAAACUGACUCUUUCGUUCCUUGUUGUGUACCUGGGCCUGUUUUUCUUAUCUUUUUCAACAAUUUCUGUAAUGUACGGCCUCGUGUACAACUCUUUGCGGAAGAGGUCUAAGAUUCACGCCGACCUGAUCAACAAUGGACAUGGUCUUCCUACGGUCAGUCAAGAUGUAGGUAUUGGUACAACUUCGACAGGAAGUGAGACGGUAGCACCGGGCAUUUACGCUGAUAUCCUGGGACAAGAAACCAUACUGAAAGAUGCAAACACUAGAGACAACGCCAAUGUCUUUGAUAGAAACGAUCAUUCUCUGACAAGUCCGGUAACUUCGUUUCCGAAAAUAGCCGACGAGGGCCUCGAUGAUGGUGAUAGCCUUUCUUUGAAUGCACGAGACUCUCACCUUCUAUCUUCCCAACCUCUAGGUUUGUCUUUACAGCUAUCUAUUCCUGUUGCUGCUCCACCAAAGUUGAUCAAGAACAAACACUAUUCUGAUCAUGGACGGAAAACUACUCGCAUGCUUCUCAUCAUAACAGCUUUCUUCUUCGUAACGUGGACCCCUAAACUUAUUAUCCCUCCCUUACCAAUAUUGUUUAAGUGUCGAGCCCCGAUCGUCAUCAACAUUCUGCUAGAUCUCGUGCUUCUCAACCACAUCGUUAACUUCUUUGUGUAUUAUAUUGUCAACAAUAGCUUCAGAAAUGAUGUUAAGGAAUCUUUUAAAUUUUGCAGAUUUGCUAAAUAA